AUAAAUAUAUAUAGAUAUUCGGUUUAUCCGCGUCUAGGGUUUGGAGUUGUCGGCCAUCUCUGGUUUCCCAGUUCUCUCCAUCAAAUUGCCUACACAAUCGCAGCGCAGCACGCUUUUCUCAUUCCAAUCGUGGAAGAAGAAUGUUUAUUAAGAAGGGAGAAGAGACGGCUUUCUACAUGGUUGUUAGUGUUGACACAUCAGAGUAUCGUUACGUCGUCUACCGCAUAGAGAUGGAUACCAUCUUCAGCAACCCAAAUAGUACUUCUUCUUUAAUUACCGAAAAAAAAAACAAAAAAAAAACAAAACAAAACUAGUACUACUUCUUUCAUGCUGCGAGAGCCGGCGCUCAUUUUGGGAAGAGAAUUCCCCCGUGGUAUGGCUUUUUUCUCUUUCGGAUCCAGAAUUUACAUGCUUGGUUCCAUUAGUAGAAAGGCACAGUCUAGUAGGGUCGUCAUAUAUGAUACUGUUUCUGGUUGUUUGGGAGUUACAAAUCAACAUAUGCAUACUCCAAAGUACGGACCCAUCGUCAUUCAGCCUUUGAAGCCCUUUGAUGACAGGGUUUUUGUUCUCAGCCGAGAUUUGUGUGGUCAUGAUUUAGAGGUUUUCUACCCGGAUGAUGACGACUCAGGUUGGACAUUUAUUGGUGCUCCCUCCUGCUUCAUUUUGAAACCGUUUGUUUGGGUUAAAUGUCAUGCAACUGUAUUGGACGGGUUUGGUCUCUUGAUCAACACCAAUGUCGUGUUUUACUAUAACAUCCCGAAGAAAAUCUGGAGAAUCAUAACCGAAUCAUCGCUCAAUUUCUCCUUCCUACAACCUCGUGUGUUUGCUCAUGACAUUUCUAUGUGGUUUUACUAUUGUGAUGAUUACCUGUGCGGUUAUCAUGUUGACUCCAACGUGGAGGAGGUGUUCAAAAUUGGGGAAUUGCCCCUCCUGUACUUCAAUUAUCGUCAUCCCCUUCCUCUUUAUUACUUAAGGAAUGAUCUCCUUUAUUUGGGGGAUUUGAUGUUCUGCAUGGUGCGGACAGGGUCUGAUCAUUAUCGUAGUUGGUGCGGCCAUCCUCCCGCUCCCCGCCUUCAAGCAACUAUAAUUGUAUUUCGAGUGGAUCCCUCUGCCAAUGCCAUCUUAGAGCAGCGUUCAGCAACUUUUCAUACUGAUCCUACUGACCUACCCGAUACAUGCUUUUGUGCUUGCUUUGUCAUAUAAAUUAAGAUGGUUUACUUCUUCGAUCUAUUCAGCUCAGCUCAACUUUUGGUAAGUGCUUGGAUUGACUUAACCCUCCAACUUUUGUGUAGUGCUAGGAUCAGGGGUGGAUUUUCAUGUUUAAUUUGAGCUUGACUAUGUCUACAACUUGUAUUGUUCACUUAUUUGGAUGAAACUAGUGCACAUUACAUAUGCGGUAAGAUGCUAAGAUUAUGGCUCCCCUUAAUUUAUUAAAUUCAAAUGGAUAUAGAAAGUUUACAUCUCCAUAGUUUCAACAAA